UAUGGGAACUCCCUCUCCUUAAUGUGCAUGGGAUAGAGUGUAGAAAACGAGAAGCGGAGAGAGGAAGAGAAGCAAGAGUUGAGCCUCCAUGAGAAUUACGAGCUGCUUGUGUGUUGUUCGGAUGUACAACAGCAUGCUGUGGUUUUAACACAAACUGCGGAUACCUCGUACACAUCCAAGCAUUUCAGUUUUUGCGUUGGCAAUUAAAUUGCACAAACAUUACAGGACAGCGAGUGAACGCAGCAACAGAGAUGGGAUACAAUAGGCAUCUUUCGAAAACUUCGCUGUACUUAUCCCGCUGCAGAAUCGGCGCGUCUCUCCAUGUACUAUUCGCGGUUCUCCCAACAUUGUGCGCAGCUUUCAAUCUGGAUGUAGACAACCCUACGGUUUACAGCGGACCUAGCGGGAGCCACUUCGGUUAUUCUGUGGAGUUUUACCUGACCGAUUCUACAAGUGUCAGUGUUCUGAUUGGUGCUCCCAAAGCCAACACCAGCCAACCAAAUAUCACUGAGGGUGGAUCAGUGUUCUAUUGCCCCUGGAGCCGCAGCCAAUCACAGUGCACUGCCAUUGAGUUUGAUGUUAAAGGAGAUCAAAGUUCUUACGUCAAUGGCACAGACCUCCAAGUGGAAUUCAAGUCCCAUCAGUGGUUUGGAGCCACAGUGAGAUCCCAUGGCAACACCAUCCUGGCCUGUGCUCCACUGUAUUACUGGAGAACCAAAGAGGACAUUCCCAUGUCAGACGCCACGGGGACCUGCUACCUCUCUGUCAAUAACUUCACCAAGUUCGUGGAGUACGCUCCCUGCCGUACAGAGAGAGCUGGACCAGUUGGCCAAGGCUACUGUCAAGGAGGAUUCAGUGCUGAUUUUACAAAGAAUGGGAGAGUCGUUCUUGGUGGUCCGGGCAGCUUCUACUGGCAAGGUCAGCUGUUCUCGGCCUCAAAGGAGGAAAUCGUCAAGGCGUACUACCCCUCGUACUUCCUGCUGUCAGUGGCGGGGCAGGUGGAGACACGACAGGUGCAGGGCACCUAUGACGACAGCUACCUGGGCUACUCUGUAGCGGUGGGCGAGUUCAGCGGAGAUGGAAUUGAAGAUUUUGUGACCGGUGUCCCGAAAGGACUGUUGCUCUUUGGAUUAGUGUCUUUAUUGAAUGGGACCGAUAUGAAGUCAAUGCUCAACUUCACCGGUGAACAGAUGGGCUCCUAUUUCGGCUACGCGGUGGCCACCACCGACAUAAACAACGACGGCCUGGAGGACCUCUUGGUGGGGGCCCCCACGUUCAUGGUGCGGGGGUCGGACGGGCGGCUGGAGGAGGUGGGGCGUGUCUACGUCUACCUGCAGCGGGGGGCCCUGGACUUUGCGCCCGGCCUCCCCUCCCUGACGGGGACCCAGUUCGGCAGCAGGUUCGGGAGCUCCAUCGCUCCUCUCGGGGACCUCAACCAGGAUGGGUUCAACGAUGUGGCUGUCGGAUCGCCCUUUGGAGGAGACCAGCAGCAGGGAUUGGUCCUUAUCUACCACGGACACGCGGGAGGCCUCAAGGCCACGCCUUCUCAGGUGCUGGCCGGCCAAUGGGCUUCUGCCACCCUCCCCGCGAUCUUCGGCUUCUCGUUGCGCGGAAACAAAGACCUGGACAGGAAUGGCUACCCCGAUCUCCUGGUGGGCGCAUUUGGAGUUGAUAAGGCGGUUCUGUACAGAGCUCGGCCCAUCGUGAACGCCAGCGCCGCCCUUCUGGUGUACCCCAGCAUGAUCAAUCCGGAGGAGAAGACCUGCAUGGUGUCCACUGGCAAUGAGACUUCAUUUGUGUCCUGUGUGAAUCUGAGCUUCUGCCUCUAUGCCGCUGGGAAGCACCUACCGGCUGUUCUGGAGUUUGUGAUGGAGGUGCAGCUGGACAGUGUGAAGCAGAGGCAGAGGGGGGCGGUGAGGAGGUCUCUGUUCCUGCACAGCCAGCAGCCCGCCAUGCGGAGUACCCUGUUGGUGGCCAACGGGGCGCGCGUCUGCCAGGACACCAAAAUCUACCUGCGAGAGGAGAAGGAGUUUCGGGACAAGCUCUCCUCCAUCUACGUCUCCCUCAACUUCAGCCUCAACCCUGGGGCUCCGGCUGACGCCCACGGCCUGCGUCCCGUCAUCAACUACCAGGGCGCCGAGCUCGUCGAACAGAAGGCCCAGAUUCUGUUGGAUUGUGGGGAGGAUAACAUUUGUGUGCCUGAUCUGAAGUUGGCUGUUCAUGGCGACAGGAAGGAAGCGUACCUCGGUGACGACAACGCGCUGACCCUGACGUUCAACGCCCGAAACGAGGGUGAGGGCGGGGCUUACGAGGCGGAGCUGUACGUGGCCCUGCCCCCUGAGGCGGACUACAGCGGCAUCGCCCGCAACAACGAGACGCUGUCCCAGCUGACCUGCAGCUAUGAGACAGAGAACCAGACCCGUUAUGUCAGCUGUGACCUGGGCAACCCCAUGAAAUCUGGCACGAGUCUAUGGGCCGGUCUCCGCUUCACUGUUCCACGCCUGAAGGACACGCGCAGGACAGUACAGUUUGAGGUCCAGAUACGCAGUAAAAAUGAGAAUAACUCCCGGAGCGACGUAGUGCCUUACAAGUUGGAGGUGGCUGUGAUGGCGGACGUUAUUUUACAGGGGGUCUCUCGUCCAGACAAGGUUAUCUUCCCUCCGCCAAACUGGAAGGUCACUAAGAAACUGCAGGAGGAGCAGGACGUGGGGCCCUUGGUCCAGCAUGUGUAUGAGCUGGUGAACAAUGGGCCGAGCAUGAUUAGCCACACCCUCCUGGAGUUGCAUUGUCCAAUGAGAGUCCAGGAUCACUGGCUGAUGUACCCCCUGGAGGUGACAACCCAGGGGCCUGUCAACUGCACCACAGCCCACACCCUCAACCCCCUGCGGCUCAAGCUCCAGAAGUCCCCGUCGGAAACGCCCCCCGUGCCGACGCCCGGUCCCGAGCACCACGUCGAGAGGAGGGAGGUGCGCAAGGAUCAGCUGUCUCAGCUGCUCAACCUGUCGUGUCCUGGCGUGGACUGCUGUACGCUCAGAUGCCAGGUGGGGUUGCUGGAGAGGGGGACCAGCGCCAUUUUGAAAGUGCGCUCCCGGAUCUGGGCCGAGACCUUCAUGGAGAGGGCAUAUAAACAGUAUGUGCUGGAGUGCUCCGCUGCGUACAGAGUGUGGAAGCUGCCUUACGCCAUCGUCCCCAGAGACAGGCCCUCCGGAGCCAAAAAGGUGGUGACCCCAGUGAUGUGGAGUAAGCCAGAAGGCCAGUAUUCUGUGCCACUGUGGAUCAUCAUCCUGGCCAUCCUGGCUGGGCUUCUGCUGCUGGCGCUGCUCAUCUACGUCCUGUACAAACUGGGCUUCUUCAAGCGAUCCCACCCGUACAGCACGGCCAUGGAGAAGGCCCAGCUGAAGCCCCCGGCUACGUCAGAGGCCUGAGAAACACACCGGAGAAGACCGCGGACAAACCGGAGAAGCGCGUCAGUCACCAGACAGUUUGCAGCAAGACUGCAGCUGAAGCUUCAGGAGCGAAUAUCACUGGAACUCCACUGCACUGCACUAGAGAAAAAAAAAUAACACAAAGCAAACUGAAUGUUUUUUUUUUUUUACAUUUUUUAUUCUGUUUCUGUCUUUUUAUCGCGUGUUGGGGCUGGAUUCCGAACAGCUGAGCACUAUGGAUCAGAGGAGUGGGCAGGUGUGUAGGGAGCGAACGCCUGUGGUGUGUUUACCUGCUCUUCGCUCACGACAAGCUGCGGCAAUAGACACGUUCUCCCUGUGCACGCGUUUCUGUUUCUCCUCGUCCUCUUUUUUUUUUUUUUCGUGAGAAAAGAAAGGAAUUUUUCAUUUUAUGAACCGUGGAGGCUGGUGCUGUGAUCGAGCGGAAUGCGUGGACGUGACUUUGCGUGGUCAAUCGCUGCCCGUCUGCAGAGAAGGCUGAAAGAGAUCUGGCGUUUCAGAAACGUUCUGGGAUGCUCCAUUUCUGCUCUCGCAGAGAAGCAGAGAGUCACACCGCAUAUAAAACCGAAGGCGGUGGGAAUUUCAGGCUUUUUUUAAAUAAAAAAAAAAGCAGGUGCGUUCUCACCGCCUGGGACCUCGCUGCCAAAGAUGUUCGUCGUAAAUGUCUGAUGUCAGGAGCCUCUGUAAUCCGAAAGACAUCUUUGUUUUUGGGCUCCUACAGCAUCUGCGUGUUUCCAGCGCUUGGAUCACUUCACAAACCUUUAUUUAACUUUUUAAAAAGAAUUUAGCCUUGGUCCUCAGAAGGGGGAGCACAAGCACAGGGCCCGUGUUCCGCACUGCGGAAGGAGGCCGGGCCCGGGGGGACCGGCUGUAAAUGUCCGGGAGAGACGGAGGGGUUAUUUACGGUCCUGCUUUUAGGGGUCCGCGGAGGCUCGCGGGUCGCCAGGGAAACGGCUGGAGGAACGACGGACGCGUGAAACGGAGGGCGCCCUGGAAGUGGAGGCUUUUUUUUCCCCCCCGCUGCACCGCGACGGCAUGGCUGCCCUCUGCUAAUAGGCCGAGGAGCAGGAAGAAUGAGGGGUCAGAGGUCAAUCGAUCUGUCUGGAGGUUAUGGCUAUUUAGAGAUUUGUUUUUUUUUCGAGAGGGAUACAAGCGGAAGCACAAUCAGAUGCCCUGCCCUUCUCAAUAAAUGUAUUGAGAAUUCCAGCAUGCUAAACUAAAUCAGAAGGCAGAGAAGUUGGUGUUAAGUCUUAAGGGCUGAGAGUCUGUGGUCAUUGUGGUUAUUUCUGACCUGAAAAGUGCCAAACUCUCUGUUCUGUAUAGGUAUGGGGUAUAUGCCACCCCGCCAGUAAUGAAAUAGGAGGAAUAGCAGGUAUACCCCAAUAACUAGUGAGACUUAUGCACUGUUCAUACAAUUGCUCAGUGUUUUGGAAAUAUAUAUAAACACUGAGCUAUGAAGGUCCUUAUGGAGCACAGCAGACCCCCACUGUCCAGAUAUUAUAUAUCCACCAGUUUUGGUGAAGUGCAGGGCUAGCAUGGAUAGGAUGGAGGAUUACAGCAUCCUGUCUCUGCAGGACUCAUUUCAGGCGGCGGGGGAGAGGGGGGUGUAUGGCAAUAUGGUGCAUGUGUGUGUAUAGCCGCGUUUCCACCGCAGGAACUUUACCCCGGAACUAGGAACCUUUUGAGGAACAGCAAAUUGUUUACAACGUGUGCAUGUUUUCUGCUGUUGUUGGCAGUUAUAUUGGAAAUGUGAAUGCAUUCUGUCUCUUCGGAUGUCAAGACAUGAAAGCGAAUGUUCGCAUAAAAACAUAAUAAAUGUGUUUGAGAGGAUAUAUAAAACAGUUACAAUCUGACUAUUGGCCUGUUAUAUCCUAUUUGUUGCAUAACAACGGUCCAAGUUCAACUACCAAUGACAGUUUUGCUUGACAACGGUAAAAUAUGCCCAAACGGCUGCAGAAGAAUAUUUCAAUUCCAGGUGAUUAAAUCGAUAAAAAUCAAUAAAUACAAAAGUAACCAUAUAUAAUUAUUGUUGGUAACCCGUUGUAUAUAAGUGGAAUAAACCCCUCCGGACUGUCCCGGUUAUUAGAAAAUAAUGUAGGCUACUUUGGUGGUAGUAUGGGGUUACAGAAGAAAUCAUAGGACAGAUGGACCGACGACAACGUCGCCUUUUCAUACGUCAGUGGGCUAAUUUGCCUAAUCUUCGCGGGACUUUAGACCGCGGUGGAAACGCAGACAACCAUGGGCUGAAGGAACCUUUUAGUUCCUUGAAAAGUAGUUCCUGGGACUAAAGGUUCUGGGUGCUUUUGGUGGAAACGCGGCUUAUCUGUUGGAAGGGGGGGGGGGGGGGGUGGGCUGAAUGUGGGAUCUCUUGUGUGGGUGUAUUUGGGGAGCGAAUUCUAUGCAACAGCCACUGAUCUGGGAACAGCCAAGAUCAGUUUCUGAUCACACGCCAUAGUCGUCCCGGACCUGGGACUGGUGCUUGUUUGUCUGGGAAUGUCCGCUGAGAACAGGCAGCCUGUCUGAGUCGGGCUUUUUGCGAAGGAAAAAAGUCCUGGAGAGCAAAGCACGCGAACACGUGGCAGAGACACAGGAAGACGGACGGCCUGCCUGCUGGGACCCCUUUCAGAACUGUGCUUUUACAUUAAUGUUGUUGUUCACUUGCAUGUCUUGCAGAGGUGCACGUUGGUCACAUUCGGCUUUUUGUUUUCAUUCCUUCCAUUUCCACCCCAAUUUGGAAUCUCUUACCCACUGUGCCGUCCAAUACGAGGAGCACUGCAGCCGAAGCGCGCACUUCUCCAGUGCACUUCACUUGUCAGCAAGUGAACACUUUGGCCCUCACAGGGCACACAGGGGAGCGUUGGUUACGCAUCUCUCGCCGAUGGCAACCAAUGGGGAGCCUUUGGGCCCCUGGUGAGUCGGUGACUGUAAACCCAGGAACCCAAUCAGCCGCUGUUAUAAAUUAGUAACUAAUCCAGUUGAAUUGUGUGAGUAUUCAAGAAAUUCCAUAUUACAAUAAUAAAAGUGAUGAAACUCAAUUUAAGUGAGGACUGAUUAUAAUUAUGGGCAAAUAGUUGACACUUUGUCAAUGAUACCAGCUGUAUCACAAGUUAAAAUUCUUGUGGAAAUAAGAGGGAUCAAUAUUACUACUUAGCUACAACAUAGAUACGUAUUGUAAAAAAUGCUUUUGUUUGAUAGGAAAAGUGUUUUUUUUUUUUGUUUUUUUUUUAAAUUACAGCCAGCCAAGUGUUUGAAAUCUUUGAAAAUUAUAAUGAAUAAGAGAAAAUGCCAGGCCCUUUCUAUUUCUAUUUCUAUUUUUUGAAAAUGAUGUUAAUUUGUUUUUAUUCUGUUUUUGUCCCUUUCUCCAAGCAUUUAUUGAUGCCCCGUAUCCCAAAGUGAAUAUUGUUACAUCAGGUAAAGAGAAUGUUGAAAUAUUCUCUGAUGCUUUUGUGAAAUUUCCUCACCCCACAUUGGGGAAAAUGUUAAAUAAAUAUCAUGUUGUGGUAUUGUUUUCAACUCAAAUAAAACAUUGUUUUUUCACUCA